UCUUCAAACUCUCCCUUUCCCUCUCUCCCCCUUUAUUGCAUUUAUUUUACUAUUUUUUUUUUAUAUUUAUUUUCUCAUUUUCUCUCUCUGAAAUUUUCCGACCAUCCAAUCUUUAUUUGCCACAUUCUCACAUUACCCUCGUGUUUUAUCUUUAUGAGUAACAUUUAUUGUUAUUUUUCUGUAAUAAUUUAAGCUUCCCAUUUCAAAGAAAACCAUAUGAUGCUUUGCAAUUCAUUGAGAGAUCGACUUCGGCCAUGGCUUCGUGAUUAUGUUAGGCUUCAGUCUUUCGCACUCAUUCUCAUUUAUAUCCAGGUGCAUUCUUUCCCCCAUCGGAACUAUCAUUCUUUGUUAUCUCUAUUUUCAGUUCUUAAUCUUAAUCUAUUUUUUGUAAAUACUUAUGAGAAAGAUCGGGUGCGCAUUGAUUGGAUCCCUAGGGGCAUUGUACAAUGGUGUAUUGCUUAUAAAUUUGGUGAUCGCAUUAUUCGCUUUGGUAGCCGAACAUAUGCUCUUCUCCUCUUCUCUGCAAUUUUCCUCGACAUCUUCUGGUUCAUUCCUUUUGCCUACCACACAUGGAACGUCUCAUCCAAGCAAUAUGGACCCCUUUUUACCUUUUCAGUGAAGCUUACUCUGGCUAUGCAAAUUAUUGGUUUUGCUGUUAGACUAUCGUCUUCACUACUAUGGAUUCGAAUUUACAGAUCGGGGAUUUCAUAUAUGGAAACUCCAGUUCACCGAGAGAUCUCCCAUUUCGGUAAUGGUGAUAAUAGUUCUACUUCUGGGCCAGAUGUAUCUCGAUCAAAGCUGUCCAGACAUUUCCAAGUAGCUGAUUCUUUUUUGUAGGAUUGAGUAUACAGCAGCUGCGAAUCAGCAAACGGCUUAGAGCCCCGAGUUGGUGAUUUUGUUGACUAUCUGCUCCUGUUAUGUUCUUAUUUUGAUGUCACGAAUACCCAGUAUUCACGAAUACCCAGUAUCUGCUCCUGUUAUGUUCUUAUAUGUAACGUAGGCUGAUGUUGUACAGCUUCACGUAAUUAGAUAUAAUUCUUUUUCAUUAAAGGAAAUUCUUGUAACGUUCGGCUGUGUUGUGUAAAAGCAAUGCGUUGGCUUUGACGUCUGAAUGGGUAAACAAGUUCAAUAGAAAAUAGAUA